UUUCAACCACUAAUAAGUAAUAAGGCAUCCAUCUUUAACUUUCUAUAAAAUGUAUAUUAUAUUUGUUAUUCAAUUACACUAAGUCUCAUACCUCUUUAACAUGGCUUCCUACUUGAAUCAUCAUCCCUUCAUUUUCUAUCUCCUCAUCAUCUAUACCAUCUCCAUCUCCAUCUCCAUCUCCAUCUCCAUCUCCACCACUUCCGCCUUGUUCCUACCCAAAGCACUAGUUCUCACAGUCGUAAAAGACCCCUCUACCCUCCAAUACACAACCAAACUCAUCCAAAGAACUCCCCAACCCUUGUCACUCGACCUAGGUACUCCAAUCUCAUGGGUGAUUUGCGAUAACCGUUACAUCUCCUCUACUUACCACCCUGCUUAUUGUGGCUCUCCUCAAUGCACUCUCGCUAACUCCAAAUUAUGUAGGACAUGCCCUCCUCCAGCUAAGCCAGGGUGCAACAACAACACAUGUACAACUACCUCCCUCAACAACCCCUUCACCAACAUCAUCAUCUCCCCACCUGGAGGCACUGAGCUAGCUACAGAUAUAGUCCGUAUCCCCACUACGGACGGGUCUAACCCGGGCCAACUAGUAACCGUGCCCAACCAUCUCUUUGUUUGCGCGCCUAAGUCCUUGUUACAGGGCCUUGCCAAAGGAGUGUCCGGGGUUGCUGGUCUAGGAAGGUCUAAAAUCUCUCUCCCGUCUCAAGUUUCCUCAUAUUUCCGUUUCCCUCGAAAAUUCACGCUAUGCUUACCUCCACUUACGGAAAGUGGUGUAGUCUUUUUUGGGGACGUAACUUACAAUUUUAACCCGCCUGGUGGAGCGGCCUCAGCCAACCUUUCUUACACUCUACUUGUUGCAAACCCAUUCCGACCCUCGGAUUAUUUCAUAGGAGUACAAGGAAUCAAAGUUGGUGGGGAAGAUGUUCCAUCAGUGAACAAGUCCAAAUUAUCUAUAAAUAGCAAGGGAAAUGGUGGAACCAUGAUAAGUCUUAGUCAUCCCUAUACUAUUAUGGAAACGUCGAUAUACAAGGCUAUCACUACCAUCUUUAACGAACAACUUACUACAGUAGUUAAAAGAGUUAAUCCAGUUGCACCAUUCCAGUUUUGCUACGAUUCUAACACGAUCGGUUUCUCGCCGAUCGGGCCCAUGGUGCAGGACAUCGACCUGGUAUUGCAAAGCAAGGAGGUAAAAUGGACUAUAGCGCCAUUAAACUCAAUGGUGAGGAUGAAUGAUAAAGCGUAUUGUCUUGGUAUUUUGGAUGGUGGAAACAACCCAAGUACAUCAAUUAUAAUAGGAGGGUUUCAGAUUGAGGAUAAUUUGCUGCAGUUUGAUUUAGAUAAGUCUAUGAUUGGGUUUAGUUCUUCAUUGAUUUAUAAUCGUAUGAGAUGUUCCAACUUCAACUUCACAUCCAAUGUAAUAUAAAUCAAAUUUAGAUUA